GUUUGAAAAUCUAAUAAUAAAAGAGUACCGAUUGUUUUUUGUGACUGAAUAAUUAUGAUCGAUAUAAUGUCGAUGGCAUAUCGACUGCAAAAGGUAAUCACUAAUUUCACCUUGUGAAGGUCAAAUAUAGCUGUCGCACCAAUCGGCUGAUUGCAGAGUGCCGCAGUUCGGUAAAUAAGUUACGGCAAAGCUGUGGUGAACGCACUUCAAAAGCCGGAAUUUUAUUCAGUAAUAGAUUACUAUCGUCAAUAUCUAAAAUGCCGAUCAAGUCCAUCAAGGCGCGCCAGAUCUUCGACUCUCGCGGUAACCCCACAGUGGAAGUCGACUUGGUCACAGAACUUGGUCUUUUCCGUGCUGCGGUGCCAUCAGGAGCUUCCACUGGUGUCCACGAGGCACUGGAGCUCAGGGACAAUGUCAAGGGAGAGUACCAUGGCAAGGGUGUGCUAACUGCUAUCAAGAACAUCAAUGAGAUCAUCGCUCCUGAACUCCUCAAGCAAAACCUUGAAGUAACUCAACAGAAGGAGAUUGACCAGUUCAUGCUGCAGUUGGAUGGCACUGAAAACAAAUCCAAAUUUGGUGCCAAUGCUAUCCUGGGUGUAUCCUUGGCUGUAGCCAAGGCUGGUGCUGCCAAGAAAGGAGUACCACUGUACAAGCAUUUGGCCGAUCUGGCUGGAAACAGUAACAUUGUAUUGCCAGUUCCAGCGUUCAAUGUUAUUAAUGGUGGUUCCCAUGCUGGCAAUAAGUUGGCUAUGCAAGAGUUCAUGAUUUUGCCCACAGGUGCAUCAUCAUUCAGCGAGGCUAUGCGCAUGGGUUCUGAAGUGUACCAUCACUUGAAGAAGAUUAUUAAGGAGAAGUUUGGUUUGGACUCCACCGCUGUUGGUGAUGAAGGUGGUUUCGCCCCCAACAUCCAGAACAACAAAGAUGCUCUCUAUCUCAUCCAGGAUGCUAUCCAGUCAGCUGGCUACACAGGCAAAAUCGACAUCGCUAUGGAUGUAGCUGCGUCUGAAUUCUUCAAGAACGGAUCAUACGAUCUUGACUUCAAGAACCCUAAAUCAAACCCUGCAGACUACCUUUCCUCUGAGAAGCUUGCGGAGGUGUACCUUGACUUUAUCAAGGACUUCCCCAUGGUGUCUAUUGAGGACCCCUUCGACCAGGACGACUGGGCCGCGUGGGCGAGCCUGACAGCUCGCACUCCCAUCCAAAUUGUUGGCGACGAUCUUACGGUAACAAAUCCGAAGCGCAUUGCCACCGCUGUGGAGAAGAAAGCGUGCAACUGUCUGCUGUUGAAGGUGAACCAAAUCGGCAGCGUCACCGAGUCUAUCGACGCUCAUUUGCUGGCCAAGAAGAAUGGAUGGGGCACCAUGGUAUCCCACAGAUCUGGUGAGACUGAAGACACUUUCAUUGCUGAUUUAGUUGUGGGUCUUUCAACUGGUCAGAUUAAGACUGGCGCGCCGUGCCGCUCCGAGCGUCUCGCAAAAUACAACCAGAUCUUACGUAUCGAGGAGGAACUCGGUGCUGCCGCCAAAUACGCGGGCAAGAACUUCCGCAGCCCCGUCUAAACAAUAAUAUAAAUUGCUAUAAAGACUACGUCAUAGCAUUCAGGAUUUGCAAACCUUACUUUGAUACAAUUUUGUAUUGCAUUUCUACAAUCAAACUAAUAGUUAAACAGAAAUAAAAUAACGAUACAUUUGUUAGGAAUGACGUUAUAUUAAAGCACAAUAGAAAUUAUUUGCUGUCAGCAUUAGUACUCCUAAGAAAUUCAAGGCUGUAGUGUAUGUAUAUGUGUUGAAUGUAUGAAAUUAUUUAUUUAUAAGUUAAGGUUUAUUUUAAAUUUGAAAUCACACAUAUUGUAUCCGAAAAAGUUCAUUAAAAGUAUUAAAAUAUAAAGCGUU